CUUUUCAAACUCUGUUUUUCAACUUCGACGAAGGACUGGCCUCUAUAAGAAAUCCACAGACUCCUCCUCUUCCAUAAGCCCAGACACUACUCCCUUCUGAAACUCACAUAGGCUCUUCAUCUUCUCUCACAGCAAAACAUGGCCUUACCUGUUCAUGGUAAUCCAGACGGAAGCCAUGAUAGUCCCAGUCUUUUUGGCUUUUCCUCUUCCUCAUCAUUUUCUACUCUCCCUCCCCUUUCAUCAUCAACUUCGUCAUCACAAUCUGGAACUGGGUUUGGCUGUUUACCCUCUACCAACAGUUCAUUUCGGUUCACCAUUCAAAGCAAACCUCGCCGUCACUUAACAUCUCGAGCCCGUACCAGGUCCGCUCCGUCUAGCCGGUCAAGUACGCCGGAGUUACCCAAACCUUCUUGUCCUCCGAAGAAUGUUCAAACCUCCGGGGAAGAUACCAAAGCCGAAAUCACCCGUACUGAGCAGGUGAAAGAAUACGCUUCAUUUUUUGUGAUCAUAUGA